CGCAGCCCUGGGAACCACUUCGUUACUAAUAACAAAUGUUUGUAAAGAUGGCGGAUCAUGGCUUCAGCACAAGACAUCGCUCGCCGCAUUAGAUCAAACAGCUCACACUCGAAGGAGUCCGUUAGAGGCCCGAUAAAGGCAACAAGCCCAGUUUAUCACUCCGACAGACGUGUCAGCGAAGUUGUUUUAGGAGAAAGACCGCAAUCAAGAAGAAGCCACAGAAAAUCAUCAUAUGGAGGUUUGGAUGAUGUUAGGUGUGAAGGCAAUUCUGAAUUCCAAUAUCAACGGCCAGGUUCAAGCAGGUCGUUGGAUGGAGCAGAUGUUUCAGCACGCAGAGCCCGCAUGAUGCAAAGGCAAAAUGCAACUACAGUUGAUCCUGAGGAAAGGCAACAAUACACCCCCAGGCCCCCCUCCUCUCGACCACAAUCAGCCAAAGGUCGUCCAAGGUCAAGAUCUGGCCGUCCAAUGCCAUCACAGUCUAGAGGGUCUGACAUAAUUCCUGAUCAUGAAAUGCAACCAAAACAGCUCCAACAACAGUGUGUAUCUUUCUCAAGAUAUACUCCACUUCCAUCUAUUGGAACAAGACCACAAACUCCAUCAGGAAUGGAAUGCCAAACUCAUAACACCAAAAAUAGUGAUGAUGUCAAUAUUAAUCUAGCUGAGAAAUAUACCAACAUGCACAUAAAGAGAACAAUACCACCAGAACCUGGAGACAGUGAGCCGGACAGGAUUCAACUUGCACUGAGACUUCUAGAUGGAUCACGACAUGAGCGUUGGUUUCAUCCCACAGACACUAUUCAGGAGGUUCUGUGCUUUGCAGGCUUUCUUUCUAAAGAAAUGAAGUUACUAGAAGAUUAUGUAUUAUGUACAAAUGAUGUUCCUAGAAAGGUUUUUGAGGACCCCUCGUUGACACUGUGUGCAGCUGGGCUUGAAUCACGAACUGUCCUUCAUGUCCAAGAAAAAUGAUCAUUCUUGUCCUAUUUAUAUAAAAAAAUAUUGUAUUCUUUCUCAUGAUGUUUACUCAAGCUUCCCUAUAUUAUCAAAUCACCAACUCCCCCCCCCCCCCCUUUGAACACAUACUCCCCUUCUCCCCCAGGACUCAUUUGCAAUGUUGAGUGACAGAUUUUUAUUUCUUGCAGCAUGUCAAUUUAGACAGAAUAAUAAGGAAAUAAAUCCUAUGUAAACUCCAAAA